CGGCCAGAGCUCGCGCGAUGUUUACGACAUGCUAAAUAUAUACGCGGGCGAACAGACGCUUCAGUGUAACGACGCCUGCCGACUACCGUGCCGUGGACAAGCAAAUGAUGGGGUCUAAUGUGGUUUGGCGUGUGUCCCGGCGUUGGUCGGGGCGGCGCUGGUGCGGCGCGCUGUUACUGGCGGCGGCGGCGCUGCUGCUGGCGCGGCGGCUGACUCCCGCGCCCGCCACACUGCGCUCGCGCGCCACGUUCCCGCGCACGCCGCCCGCGCGCGUUGCUCAUCUGCUUGCCGACUUCUCCACGCAUCCCUCGCUCUUCUCGUUUCCAGUUUUAUGGUCAAUAGAAAAGGAGACUAGCAAUUAUUCCAGCUGGGGCUAUAGCGUGUCAUACGAGUGCGGGUCGAGGUGCGCGGGGCGGGUGGAGGUGCGCGCGCACGACGAAGGCGCGCCGCGGCACGGGCUGGCGGCGCGCGCGCACCGAGUGCUCGUUCGGAACAUCUUCUGUGUCACGCUGCCACUGCUGCCAUGGCCGAGCUUUUGUGGCGAAAUAGAAACGACGUCCGUGGUGACGGCAGACGCUGCGGCCGACGGCGCAGUGCUGGAGGAGAGUGCGAGCGCGCGAUGCGGCGCGGCGGCCGCGCUGCUGCUGGCCGGCCGCUGCGGGGAGCCGCGGCUGCGCGCAUUGCGCGAUGCCCAUCUGCAGCGCGUGCGACGAGACCUCCACACUCAUUGAAAAUAAGCUGUUAUUUGUCAUUACUCAUGUU